AUGUCCUUCAAGAUUGGAAGUGACAUUGAGCUUCCAUUUGAAGUUGAGGAAUAUUCUGUAGUCUUAGGACUACAUGCGAAAGGAGUCUACGUGACCGAAAACACAUCGGUCGAAAGUGAAUGGUUUGUUCCGAUUUUUGGGAGCAAGCCGCGUUCUGUAACCCGUGGCCAGGUGUUGCAGAAGCUGCGUGAGGCUAUGUUGCAGGGGCUGGAGCCUCUUUCUGUUGCGGACGUUUGUAUAAGCGACUUCAAGUCCGGGAAGAAAUAUUUGACAGGCUGCACCGCCGGUUUAUUGGCUUGGUUCAAUGAGAGGGUCCCAACUUUGGACAAGACACGAUAUUCAGGAAUUCUAUCGGAUAGGCACGGAAGAAAGUUUGUUCGUGCAAUUUUCCAUGCUUCGGAGGUAGUAGCUCAGCAAAUUGCGGCAUUGAAGGUGGAGUUGCGGAAGAAAGACGCUGCAAUUGCCAGACUUGCUCGUAAAUUGCAAAGAGCUAAAGUUGGUGUUGUCGAUGACGACAGUGAAGGUGAGUGUGAGGAUGAGAGUGAUGGCAAGGAGGGUGACGCAAACUAUGAGGAGGAGGAGACAGCAGACCGGAUGGGUGUGGAGUCAGAGAGGAAACAACUGCAUGAGGAUGAGGAAGAUCAGACCGAGGAGGACUCGGAGGAAGAGAAGCAGGCUGACGGGGAGGAGAAACAGGGUCAGGAGGAGGAGGAGGAGUAGGAGAAACAAACUGAGGAGGAGGAGAGUCAGGCUGAGGAGGAUCCCGAUGAGGCAGCGGAAGAGCGAGCGAAUACCGAGCGACGAAGCAAAAAAAAAUGGACAUCCUUUUGGCCGAAGUUGAUCCGAUAAACGAGUCAGAUGACGAAGGGGUUGGUAGCCUGUAAGAGUUUAACCAACUGAUGGCCAUUGUUCCAUAUAUUGCACCGAUAGAUGUCAAGCCCGCCGAUGAGUCCGACCGUGAGACUUGUAGCAGGGCCGCAGAUUCAUCGAUCGUACGUGGUGUAAUGGCACGUAAGGAUCGGAAGAGAAAGAAGAAGCCUGAAUUCGUGCACCUGUGUCAACACCGCGAAUUAAGAAAGCUAAAAAAUUACGGAGGGCGAAAGGAAAGUCACCGGCCGACGUCAAUAAUGAGUAGGAACCAUUUGUCGUCGGCGACGAUGGGGACUCGGAUGCUAAGGUUGUAGCAGACCCUGGAGCACAAAAGUUGGAGGAAUAUUGCAAUAACGACAACUACUGUGGAAAGGGUACCUUAUCCG